CAUGAUCAAGACCAUCCUGUUUGGCCGUUAUGAGCUAGACACUUGGUACCAGUCUCCCUACCCUGAGGAAUACGCACGUCUGGGGCGUCUGUACAUCUGUGAGUUCUGCCUCAAGUAUAUGAAGAGUCAGACCAUUCUGCGCAGACACAUGGCCAAAUGUGUGUGGAAACACCCUCCUGGUGAUGAAGUCUACAGAAAAGGAGCCAUCUCCGUGUUUGAGGUUGAUGGGAAAAAGAACAAGAUCUACUGCCAGAAUCUUUGUUUGCUGGCCAAGCUGUUUCUGGACCAUAAAACACUGUACUAUGAUGUGGAGCCUUUCCUGGUUUAUGUCUAUGACUGAAGCUGAUAACACAGGCUGUCACCUCGUGGGAUAUUUCUCAAAGGUAAUGAGGUGCUUGAGGCUACAUGUUGUGAAUUACAUGAUCUGGUCUGAAAUGCUCAAAAAAUAUAAGCUCUUUCUGUCAAUACAUUUGCAUUUCAGGC